AUGAAACAUUCAGCAUCCUUACAACUAAAUCCUGCAAUAGCACUGCUGUAUGAAAGUAUAAUGACUGAAGUAUCCUUAAAUCCAUACAAAUUAGAAUAUUAUCAACACUGGGGUGGUUUAUCACUCCUCGGUGGUUAUAGUGCGUAUAUUGGUGCAGCCGUUAUUAUUGAUACGGCUCCUGUUGCUGUUCCACUUUUGCUUGCGAGUGCGCUAGGAAUGAUAACUCUUGGCAUGAUAAAUGUGCAUUGGCUUGACCAAGCAGAGAAGAAUUGCAUCACGAGUGUAAACGAAGCAAUGCAUAAUCAUUUAGCGGAUAAGCUGACAACAUUUUCUGAGUCACGUCUCCAAAUGAUCAUCGCCAAGAUCGAUAAAAUGAUGAAUGAAUUAACGUCUUUAUCAAAUGUACAAAUACAAGCUUUAACCAAAUUUACGAAUACAUACAAGUUGACAAUGAACAAACUCUAUCUGAACUUACAGAGCGAACUAUUCAAAUUGACAUAUCCAGAAUAUGAAAUUUCUGAGGAAAAAUUGAUCCCACGUACUUUUGAAACAUUUCGCACAACAUUAUUUCUGUCGGAUAAGACAAGAUUUGAUUUAGCAGCAGCCAAGGUUCCGCUUCAGCAAUUUGACAUAGAACAUUUUCAUUGUUUGAAACAACUCAAUCAUUCGAAUAUUGGCAAAUAUUAUGGCAUUUUAAAGUGUGUGUCUGAAGAAGAUUUUUAUUACAUAAUUAUAGAUAAAAUGGACGGUGAUUUGAGUACGGAUGGUCGAAAACAUUUAUCAGAAAUGAAGGAGAACCAAAUUUCAGAUAUUUUAUAUCAGAUAACUGACGCUUUACGCUACAUUCAUGAUCGAUGUUUGAUACAUAGUAAUGUGAAUCCAGCAAAUAUUUUCUUCAAAAACCUCGGUGAUCAAUUUUUAUUUUAUCUCGGAAAUUUUUCUUACUUACUUUUUGACCCGAUGAUUCCAUGUGGCACUUCUAAAUAUACUGCACCUGAGUUUACCGAUCGAAGUUUAGGACCAGUUACUCAUAAAUCAGAUAUUUAUUCAUGGGGUGUCACAAUUAAAGAGCUGGUGGGUUGCGUACCUUAUAAUACAGUUUCCAAUAGUGAGAAACUCAAUCGAUGGUUAGAAAUCGUCGAUCAUUGCACGAAAAGUUGCCCAGCAGAUAGACCAUCUUGCAAAAAAAUUCUAGAAGCAUGCAAGUUAUCGGCUAAUUAA